AUGCCUCCCCAACGCGAGGGCUUGGAUGAGGAGUUGGCCUUGGAAAAGAAUGCUGGUUUGAUCAUGGGGACAAACAGCAGCAGCAUUGUAUCCAAACGAAGUGUGGAGAGGCUCUACCUCCCCCAACCACACUUCUAUCGCUAUUUCGUGAGGAAACCACAGAGGCGAGCCCCAACUAUCAAUCGUGGAUACUGGCUUCGCAUGAGAGCCAUUGAUUGGGUGCUAAGGCAAUUUCUCGAGAGAAGUUCAGAGCAGAAGAAGGUUGUCAUCAACUUGGGCUGUGGCUAUGAUCCCAUCCCCUUCCAGUGGAUGGCCCAAGACCGAGACCUUUGUGGGAACACCAAAUUCAUUGACAUCGACUUUGAGGAGCUCAUGAUCACCAAGAGAGAAGUCAUCUUGAAUACCCCCAAGAUGAGAGAAUUGCUUUCUCUUCCCGCCGAUCUGCCCGCGGAGAAUGGAGUUGUGUUGGACAGCGACGAGUACACCGCGCUGGGCUGUGACCUUCGAAAUUUACGACGGCUGGAGCGACUAGUCAAAUCCGUUGUCGACAUUGACCGAUGCUUGGUACUCUGCAUUGCCGAGGUCAGCAUUACCUAUAUGUCGCCUGAAGACUCGGAUGCUCUGAUUGCAUGGACCACUACUCUGUCUCCUGACGUGACAUUCUGCUUGUUGGAGCAGCAAUCCCCCGAUCGACCUGACAAUCCAUUUACGGCGGCCAUGUUGAAACAUUUUGCCAAACUUGGAACACCACUUCGAUCCGUCCUCAAAUACCCCGGACGCCACAGUCAAACUCUUCGCUUCCAGGACGCAGGCUUCCCUCUGGUUGAAAUACAGAGUUUAUGGGAACUAUGGGCCGACUCUAGAUUCCUCUCUCCGUCCCAAAGGAUUUCUUUGGACGAGGUCGAGCCAUUUGACGAAUGGGAAGAGUUCGCUCUGUUUGCGUCCCACUACUGUCUGGUCGUGGCUCAAACUGGUCCUGAUCCCCUGAUCCCGGAGGAGCCCAGGUCCAGGAGAGCGUCGGUUGACAGCUUUGCUUCAGAUCUCUCGACAAGAACCGUGUCUCCGUACAGGGUACAGAACCAGUGGUUCGCAUACAAGUUCACACCCAACCCGGACAAGGAAGGAAGAACCCACCAUGCGUCAGCAUUCCCCAUCCCAGGUCAAGAUGCCAUUGGCGUUCAUGGCGGAAUAGGUCUUCAGGGCCGUCUGUCAAGUACAUCGGUCUAUGCAUCUGCAGACUCUGACCUGUCAUUCCCCACGGUCCCACCACCGGAGAUCGGAACCCGAUGUUGUCACACGAUAACAUCUCUCGGCAACGGACAGAAUGUGCUGGUUGGUGGUCGUUUGUCGCCUUCUGCGCCCCUGAAGGAUUGUUGGUUGCAAACGGGGUCCAAGUGGGAAAGGAUCCAAGAUCUUCCUGAGCCGCGGUUUCGGCAUCGAGCUGCUGCUGUGAUACUGUCCGACAACCAGUAUGGCGUUGUGGUGUUUGGAGGUAAGAUCUCGGCCACCAAGGUCGCACUGGACUGUCUCCUCUGGGACCACACAAACGGGUGGCAGAGGCUCAGAUCCCUACUAUCAGACCCCAUGCCACGAUUCGGAGCGAGCUUCGUGAGGCUGGGCUUCAACCAUGGACUUCUUUUUGGCGGUAUGCGGCACGACGGUGUGAUCUGCCAGGGCCUUUGGAGAUGGAGGCUGAUCAUCCGAGACAACCACGUUGCCGGCAUCAUUUUCAAGACCUCGAGCGCUCUAGAUGCAUCAGCGGGAAUCUUCCCCUUCUUGGCUCGACUCGGGGCCUCGUACAGUGUGAUUCGAAACGAGCUGCUUGUUAUCGGAGGAGUGGCCAAGCACGGCUGCAUUCCCAGGGAUUACGAAAUCCUGUCCAUCCUGGGCAGCUUCUCUGCGUUUGGCGAAUUCGAGAAGGAAAUGGAACUGCGAGUCGCCUGUGUGACUCCCAAGUCCGAUCCCGACGUCCCCCGGCCUUUCCUGAUCGGCCACACCUCGCACCGCACCGCCAAAGAAACCACGCUCCUCGCCGGCGGAGGAGCGACUUGUUUCAGCUUCGGUGCGUACUGGAACCCCGGCUGCUGGCUGCUGUACUACCGCGAGCCGGGCGUGAGUUCACCCUGGGCUCUUGUGAAACCGGCGCCGUCGAAACCGGCGCCUGCCUCGGUCCUUGUAUCGAGGGUCGGGGCCUCCCCCCGUCCGGUGUCGGUAGAUACCAUCAAGUUGUGCGGUGAGCAAGAUUUUGCUCGCGUCCUUGGUGAAGGUACUCCCAGACUCUUGACAAGCCUUGAGAUCGGCCCCUGCGUGUCACUAUGGACGCCGUCGUACCUUGUGUCCAAGAUUCCCUCGUCGAGAUCCGUUGUGGUCCACUCAGCGUCCAGUCGAACCAUGAACUUUCAACGCAAAGACUUUGCCUACAAACCCCUCCCGUUCCACGACUUCAUCACUGACCUCACCACCAAGCCGGCCGCGCACAUGUACCUGCGGUCCCUCUCCAACACCAAUCCGGCCCAGCUGCCUGCCGACUUCGCGACCGACUGGCCUGAAUUGGCCGACGACUUUGUCCUCCCGCCGUCCCUCAGUUUGACCAGAGAAACGCAGCACAGCAGCCCGCUACGCAUCAGCGCCAACGUCAACAUGUGGCUGCACUACGACGUCAUGGCCAACGUGCUCUUUCAGAUCAGAGGCACCCGCAAACUCGUUUUGUUUCCGCCCGAAGAUCUGAAGCACCUCUCUUUCCCGCCAGGUUCAACCACUUCGACCAUGGACAUUUUCGAGCCCGCAGCCGCCGAUGAGACCGAAGCUGCCACCGAAUGGGACCGGCUGAACCUGAUCCCAAAUACCCAUCCGCACAUCGCGCUUCUGCGCCCCGGAGACGCGCUCUAUAUCCCGCCUCUCUGGGCGCACGCAGGCACGCCGAUGCCGGCACCGAGCCACCAAGCACCUGCGCCUAAUCAAUCUCAGCAGACUUCGAGUGCCAGUAAUAGUGCCAGUGUCACGACGCAUUCCCCAGUCGACACAAGCACCAAGGUCGGCGCACCAUCCGCCACAGCACCUUCGGACCCUGAACCCUCAUCCUCAUCCUCAUACUCACACAUCAACCUCUCCCUAAACGUCUUCUUCCGCUCCCUCCCGGCGUCGCGCUACGCAGUCGGCCGCGACGUCUACGGCAACCGCGACCUGGCCGCCUACGAAGACGGCCGCCGCGACAUCGACAAGAUCGUGCGCCGCUUCCUCUCCACAAGUGCCAAGGGAGAUGCGCAAUCGCCAGAGACUCGUGCCGCGGCUGGGGACGGGAAUGGAGCCGGGCACGGCAGACAUGGCAUCCCCGAGGCCAUCCCUAAGGCCAUCACAAAGGCCUACCUCGACCGGCUGGCCGACGAGUUGAGAGAUCGCGCAGAGAGGUUAUGA